UUAAACCCAACAGCCUCCUUGUCUCUAUAAAAGCACUGCUGUGCUCUAAUUUGCUAUAACUCUCCGUCGUCGUCUUCUUCUUCUUCUUGGAGCUUAUGGAGACGGAAACCAAAGACUACGACACGGCAAAAGAGAGAUCCAGCCCGAGCUCGGGCUCGGAGAAAACGAAGGGUGCUAUGAAUAUUGAAGGGUACCCAGUGAAGGGUCUGUCAAUUGCAGGCCACGAAACCUGCAUAAUGUUCCCCACUCUCAAAUUGGCCUUCGACAUCGGCCGCUGCCCCCAGCACGCUAUAUACCACGACUUCCUCUGCAUCUCCCACGCCCACAUGGACCACAUUGGAGGUCUUCCCAUGUAUGUGGCAACUCGUGGCUUAUACAGAAUGAAGCCCCCUACAAUCAUUAUACCAAAAUGUAUAAAAGAAGAUGUAGAACAACUCUUUGAGGUGCACAGAAGAAUGGACCAAUCAGAGCUGAAGCAUAAUCUAAUUGGCUUGGAUAUUGGAGAAGAGUUUUAUUUGAGAAAAGACCUUAAAGUAAGAGCUUUUAAGACUUACCAUGUCAUACCAAGUCAGGGUUAUGUCGUUUACUCUGUAAAACAGAAACUUAAGCAGGAGUACCUUGGCCUUCCUGGAAAUGAGAUUAAGAAUUUGAAGUCAUCAGGCGUGGAGAUUACAAACACUGUGACAGUACCUGAAAUUGCUUUCACUGGAGAUACCAUGUCUGACUUCAUAGUUGACCAAAAUAACAUUGAUGCUUUGAGAUCAAGGAUUCUUGUUAUGGAGUGCACUUUUGUGGAUAACUCCGUUUCAGUGGAGGAUGCAAGAGACUAUGGACACAUUCAUAUAUCUGAGAUAUUAAGUCAUGCAGAGAGGUUUGGGAACAAGGCAAUUCUUCUCAUCCACUUUUCAGCGCGUCAUAGAGUUGAGGAAAUUCAACAAGCUGUAUCUGCGUUGCCUCCACCUUUAGCAGGUCGAGUAUUUGCUCUUACUGAAGGCUUCUGAUGGGAAGUGCAGCACAGAGAUUCUCAUUUUUUUUUUCAUUAACCACAGAAUUUGUUGGUCACCUUUUUUUUUAAACUAGAUUUAAAAUGCAGGAAGUUGAUAUUUAUAUUGACAUAGCAUGGAAGCGAAUACAAGGAUACACAGCUCGAAUUGUUAUUGAAAUUUCAUAAUAACAAUGAUAAUAUGACAUC